AACUAUAGCAGCACGGAUUUAAGUUGCCUUUCUCUUUAAUUCAGCAACAUAUUUUACCGCGGAGCCCCCACUAAUAUCUGAGGGCGGGCCGCGCAGCAGCAGUGCAGUGAGUUGUCAAAAAUCUGUUGUGGUGGUGACGCCGAGGGUCCAGAACGCCCACCACGGUAAACUGAUGUGAAGUUUAACUCGCCAGGGAUUUUAUAUUUACGAUCAACUUUACAAUUGUGAUUGUCUUUUUGAAUUGAGCUGCACGAUAAUGCAGCGAUUUCUCUCACUGCAACUUCGGGCGGCGGGCGGUACAUAGUUAUCCAGUGCGCUAGUGUCAUUCUGCUGGAUUAUCCCAAACAACUGCGUCUCCAACUGCAACGGGAUGCCUCUGAUCAGCCUGGACGACGAUGAUCAGAGAUGGGUCCCGACGCACGUCAACGUGACCGUCCUUCGCGCGAGGAGUCUGCGGACGAAGGGCAAGCAAGGAAGCCGCUAUGUUUACACAGUCAUCCAGGUCGGCAAGGAGAAGUACACGACCGGCCUGGUGGAGAAGGCUGAGGAGCCGCAGUGGAACGAGGAUUGCUCGUUUGAUCUGCUGCCCGGGCUGCUGGAGGCGGGUGGGAUGAGCGCGUACCCGCCAGGGAGCAGCAACCUGGUGCUCACCGUGAUGCAUCGCGUGCUGAUCGGGCUGGACGUGUUUCUCGGUCAAACUAUUAUACCCCUCGACAAAGUUUUUCAAGAUGGAAUGUGUCCCAGAAAUGAGUGGCUCAAGCUUCACUCCAAGGCUGGUCGGAAGGAGAAGGAGCGAGGAGAGCUGCAGGUCACCAUCCAGUUUACCCGCAACAACAUGACGGCUAGUAUGUACGAUCUGACCAUAAAGGACAAGCCCCGAUCUGCAUUUGGAAAGCUGAAGGACCGCAUCACGGGAAGAAAGAGAGGAGACGUGGAAUCCUCCUCUGCCAUUUUACCUGGCCGCUUCGCCGCACUAUCAGGGUCUGUAGGUCCUCCGUUCGCUGGAGAUGGUGGACCCGAUGAGCCAGGCAAGGAAGAGGGGGUCGAUGAACACCGGAGCAAGGUGAAAGACUUCUUCCUUAAAGGGAAACUGCGCAAGAAUUCAGACACACAGUCUUGCUCAUCAUUGGCAUCAGACAGUAGCAUGGCAUCGUCCGCUGGGGAUUCAUUCGUCUCAGCAGAGCUGUCUAGAACACCCAUCUAUAGCAGCACAGUGAUAGAGCCCUUCCAAAUGGACACUGAAGGUGGAAUUAAAGAUGAAAGAAAGUCAAACAUGUUUGGAACGGUGAUGACCCACAAGCGUGCACACAGUGAUGAAGCCAGUAAGAUCAUGGGUGUUCCUCGUCCCAGCCCUGCUGUGGAAAACCUAAAAGACCAAAGUAUGGCACUCUCCAAAUCAACCCUCUGCAUCAAUGGUAGCCAUAUCUACUCAUCCGAGCCUGUCAGCCCCAAGAGUCCAAGUACCAUCCCGGCCAAGCGCUCCCUGCUGGAGAAAUGUGCGCCCCUUUCACGGUCUCUCCAGAAUCUGACCCGACGCAGCGAGGACUCGCAGAAGAGCGAUGGGAGACGCUGGUCCAUUGAAAAGAGCAGGAAGGAGCUCAGUGAGGCAGAUGGAGCUCAAAGCCAGACCCAAGGGGCCACAACCCCAGAGGGAAAGCCAAUGCAGGCCUCUGGACAUGUGGAAGUGGUGGAUAAAGGAAAAAAGCUAAGAAAAACUCUGUUUUCUAGCGGGAGGAGUGACACUCUCCCAGCCAAGCCGGAGCAGAGCCAGGUUUCUGCUCCUCCUGAGGGCAGACGCAGAGGAUGGUUUGGCUCCAGUGACUCCCAGAACAAGCCGAGGCUGGGAGUCUCUCCUAAGGUAGAAAGCAGCUCAGACACCCACUGUCAGAUCCCUUGCUCCCCCAGUCAGCCCCCGUGCUCUCUUCCCCUCGGUUGCACUACUGGCUCGGUGUCUCCCCUUAGUGACAAUCACACCAACCCAUUCACCCACUCUUCCCCAACACCCCCUUCCAUCUCUCCCUCCAACCCUUUCCUCACACGACUAAAGCAAAACCCCUUUUUUGAGGAUCUUAUAGCUGAGGAAGGACUGAAGUCUCCAACUGCUGGUUACUGUUCUCUUAAUUCCAGUCUUUAUAAUUAUCCAGUCGGAUGCUGUCCCAUCCGUAAUGGAGCACAGAACAAAAUGUCCGCAAUAAAACGGGAAAGACCCAGAAGUAUGUCCAGGCAAAGGUCUCUUCCAGUCAUUAUGCCUGAGACACCAAGUACAAACUCAAACACUAUUCCGAAUCACUCUAUGUCUGAGAGGGCUGGGGAAUGGGAUGAUUUUGAAGCAUUUGCCACCAGCCGGCUCAAAUCGCCAAGUGGGACUCCAACUAGACCUCCAUCAGCACCGUUUCUUUCACAGUUACCAAAUACAAACCAGAUACUGUGUGUAAACAACAAAGCGGACAUUGGUUUAAUAGUUGACGAAGUUGACAUGGGUGUUUCAAGGUCAUGGGAUCUGCCUCCUCUACCACCACGCAGACCCAUGAGGAUCCAAGGGAUCACCACAGACAGCUGGUUGGACAGAGCCCAGGAGCUUGCUGUGCAGAAAGAGGCCUGCUUCCUUUCCCAGACUGACUUCGCCUCCCUUCAGCAUGUGAGAGAUGGAGACAUGAAGAGAAACUCUCAGAUUUUUUGUUCAGAUAAAGAGUUGCACCAUAUUUCUUCAGAAGGGUGUAACAAGAUGGAUGCAGAGUUGCACAGCAGUAUCAGAUUGAACAAAUUCAUGGUUGGGGAAGCAAGGGGUCAUGACUUUGUUACGAACAACAAUGCUAAUAGCUGUCCGAAUGGUUUUGGUGAAGAUGCAAAUGGAAGCUCUGAGUGUGAGUACAUGGCACCUGAAACUCUGUGUUUCCCGUCUGACUGGGAAACCACAGUGACCGAAUCACUUUGCAGUUCACCUCAGGCCCAACCAAAACAUGAUUCAGAAUCGUCCUGUGAAAUAAGGGUCUCCAAUGAACAACAAUGCAAGGCUAAAACCAAUGGAGUAGGUUUGUUGACCCUCUCAUCUAGAGAUUCGAACAACAAUACAGAUACUUCAGAGUUUGCUUUUAUUGAUUCUGGAAGUUCACAGUCUGAGUUGCAACAACCUUUUGAAAUGAAUAAAGAUGGUGUUAAAUCAUCCAAACAUGGUUCAAAUUUGCAUUUGGUGCUUCCCAGCUGCUCCCCUGGCUUACCUGAGAAUAUAUUGUGCAGAAUGGCAUCAGAGUUAAAGAUGUUUUCACCAAUAAACACCCAUAACACUAUCACAUCACAUUUGUCUGACUCACAAAUCCAUACCCAUUGCUCAUCACCUUUUGAGAGAUUUUGUGAAGAACUGGGAGGACACCAAAACACUGCUUCAAAGGUUAACUGUGAGACUUACAACAUGGCUGACGAUCUUCUCAACAAAGAGAUCACCGUGAUCACGCAAACAAGCUCAAGCAAAGACAACACUGUGACAAUGCAAAUCAAACAAGAGUUAGCAGAAGGCAAUGACUUGCUUGCUACGCAUGAUGAUAAAGAGCAUAAACAUUUAACAGAAGGUAACCUGAACUCUGAAGUCUGCUUCUUAAAGAGCAACAAGGUCGAGGAAUCUUGUUCAACACUGGAAGAACAAAUGAGCUUUGAGGAGUUGCAUGCUAGAGUAGCGCCAAGAAACUCCAGAAGCCCCUAUGAAACUGAAGUCAGAUCAGCCCGCAUCAGACCGCGCUCAACCACAGGCUCACCCAAAACUGUCUCGGGUUCUGAUUCGCUGCCAGGCUCUCCUCAUCCUACAUCAGAUCUCAUUUUGUAUGAUCCUUGCCCUUCACCCACCCCAUUAUCUGGUACUAAUUCCUCUCUCUGCCCUGAGCCUUCCCUUCCUGCAAACCCCGCCAAUGAGUUGCCCAGCAUGGCUUCCACAUGCUCCUCCACAGCCCAGCCCCACGUUGAUGCACCGCCCUCCCUCUCACCUGAGGAGACACAGCCAGCUAACGUCCUCCUGCCCCAUGAGGAGAGCAGCCCUCACCCGGUGAAGCCCUUGACCAACACAGCUCUGCAGGGAGAGAAGAAACCUGAAAGCCGCUCAGUGCUGGAGAAACUCAAGUCCACCAUCAGCCCAGGACGAUCUGCACCAGCAACCUCUGCUGAGGAUGAGAAAAAACAGCUGGCUCUGAUGGAGGCUCGGUCUCAGUACCAGAACAUGACUAACAUGGAGCUGAUAGCUCUGCUGCUUCAGCAGGAAAUGGAUGUCAAGAAAAAGCAGGCUGAAACUGAGGUGCUGAUGGCAUUAUUGGAGAAACGUGAGGCUGAACUGAAGAAGAUGAAGGUUCAGGUCAGAGACCUGGAGGACUACAUUGACAAGCUGCUGGUGCGCAUCAUGGAGCAGACGCCAACCUUGCUGCAGGUACGUGGCAGACCAAAAUGACUGCAGUGACCUGCUCCGUCCCAAGAACACCUCAUAUUGAUCUAAAGCCAUUUGUGAUGCUCCAUUCCAUUUCAAAACUGCCAGAUUCAUGUAGACAUGAUAAAGCUUUGCAUGCUUCUUACUGGAUUUCCAAAUCCACAAUCAUUGAAAUUUAGCUUACUGCUAGUCAUGCUUUGAGCACAAGGCAGUGGUUAAAAGUAAGAAACAAAAUAAAUAUGUACAAUGAGAUUUUGUUGAUUUCAUGUAGAUUAGAUUAGUAUUAAUCAUAGACAUUUAUGUCUUCCUAUUCAUAAAUACACUAAUAGGAAAUUAGUGUACCAGAAUGUCAAGCAAAAUGUCUUAUGAAGAUCCACAAAAAAAGCACUGCCUUUAUUAAUUGACUUCUUUAAAUGUCACUUUAACACUCUUCUUUCCUCAUAAUUGGAAGUAUUUAGAACAAAAUCACAAAAUGAUAUUAUAAAACCCUGAAACUUCUCCAAUAAUGCUACAGUCUUCCAUAUCUCAAGAAACUAUUGUUUCAGCUUGACAUGGUAUUCACAUGGUAUUAAAACACUGUUCGAUAUGAAUCCAGAGAUUUAAAAACAUUAGUAAUAUUUAAUAAAUACGGAUAACAAAUACACCUUAUAAAAAAAUAUUGCUUUCAUUAAUAUUGUAAAUGUAAAUAAAUAUCUUACUAGAUAGCUUUAAAGCACCUUAAUGCACAUUAUGCAAAACUGUUGUGCUUGAGCCAGUCAGCUUUGGCACAUAGAAACGGCUGAUAUCAGCGCAUGCUCACUUCCAUCAAGCACUCGCACUAAAGAAGAGAUUGCCUCUGCAAACAUGUAAGUUAUGCAAUACAACAGUACAAGUUGAUAUAUGCUACACAAAAUAUAUUCAUGAAGCCUUAGCACUGCAGCAUACUUAAAGUAGCAUAUGUAGUCAUAUGCAAAAAAAAAAAGCAAUGCUUUUUAGUGAAACAAAGAUUUGUUCUUUCUGUUUUCCUGC